AUGCCUGUCGGUACCAGGAUCGUAUCUGCAGAGCCUUGCGGUGUUUCUGCCUGGACGAAGACAGCAAAGAUUGAAGUGAUACUUCCGGACCAAAGCUCAAAGAGCUACUUCCUCAAAUGCGCCACCGGCCAAGGCUCAAAGGCUCUUGUCGAAGGCGAGUACGAAUCUGCAUGCGCUAUCAACAAGAUAGUCCCAGGUCUGGUUCCUCGAGCGACAGGAUGGGGAAAGUAUCUUGAUGGUAGCACCCAGUUCUAUUUCUUCAUUGGGGACCACCACGACAUGGACCUCGUGCCAGCCCCAGAGCCGGCAAGCCUUGUGGAGAGAGUUGCCAAAAUGCACACCGAAGGGAAAUCUCCGACUGGCAUGUUUGGAUUCCACGUGCCAACAGUGUGCGGCAAGUUCGUCCGGACGACAAAAUGGGAGAAGACCUGGACGGCGUGUUUUACCAAUCUGCUCAACGAUGUGAUCAAAUAUGACAACGAGACCAACGGUCAUUGGCCAGAGUUCGAUGCUGCCUGCAAGCAGGUAAUCGCUGUCGUUAUUCCAAGACUCCUAGGUGCUCUCCAGUCGGAUGGUCGAAAUAUCGAGCCAGUGUUGAUCCACGGUGAUUUGUGGGAACAGAAUGUUGGCAUCGACAUGGAAACUGGCGACACGAUCCUGUUCGACCCCGGGUGUUUUUAUGCCCAUAAUGAGAUGGAGUUCGGCACCUGGAGAGCGUCUUGGGCCUGUCACUUCAAUUCUCCGAUAUACAUGCGAUUGUAUCAGCGCCAUAUCGAGCCGUCCGAGCCUGUAGAUGAGUGGGACGAUCGAAAUCGACUAUACAGUAUCCAUAUAUAUCUGAACGAUUCCGCAGGCCAUCCAGGUAGUAUUUCGAGAGCCACAGCUUACAACGACAUGUUGUACUUGUGCGAGAAGUACGCACCGCUGGAGGGCCUAGGCACGUACCGUCCAGAGAAUGACGUUAGCGUUACUGGCGCCUACAUCGAGCACGAGACCACGAAGAUGAGCCAUCUCCAUCAUGCCGUAAAGACGUGA